GUUUUUGGCAAGUCCGUUUUCUAUAAAUACAUGUCGAUUUUCUAUUCCUAGUUAAGAAUACACAGAAAAAAAAAAACAAAACCCACAUGGACACCAGCAUCAUGUUUACCCCAAAAACCAUCUUUUCCUUCAUGCUCACCAUUGAAGUUCUUUUCUUCUGGUCUAAGUUCCUGUUAAGAAGCCUCAGCAAUGUGCAUCAUUCUCUUCAGAAGAAGUUUUGGUUCCCUCAUGAUUUGCAGCCAAAACUUCGGAAAUAUUCGUCUUUUAUUUCCAAAUCAGAUAAUAAUAGUCGGAAUGAGACAUUAGUGUUUCACAUGGAAGAUGCACUUCUUAGAUCAUCUUCUCUCUUCCCUUACUUCAUGCUGGUUGCUUUUGAAGCUGGCAGCCUUAUAAGGGCUGUUUUACUUUUUCUAGCCUACCCUUUUAUUUGUUUGUUUCCUAAAGAAAUCAGGAUCAAGAUGAUGGUGUUUGUUUCUUUUUUCGGGAUCAAGAAGAACAAAUGCCGGGUUGGGAGCUCAGUUCUGCCUAAAUUCUUCUUGGAAGAUGUCGGCUACGAAGGAUUUGAGGUGUUGAUGAGGCACGGUAGGAAAAUCGGAGUUAGCGAUUUGCCUAAUGUUAUGGUUGAAGGAUUCUUGAAGGAUUUCUUGGGAGUUGAUGUUGUUAUGGGAAGAGAAAUGAAGGUGUGUUAUGGAUAUUACGUUGGUUGCAUGGAGGAAAGAAGAAAUGGUUAUAUUGAUUCAUUGAAUCAGAUUAAUGGAGAGGAAAAGAUUAACUCACUUGUUGGUUUUGGUUGCCUUGGCAAAACUUUAAGUCAAGAGUUCUUUUCUCAUUGCAAGGAGAUUUACUUGGUAAGUAAAUCAGAAAAAAGGAAGUGGCAUAAUCUUCCAAGACACAAAUAUCCAAGGAAGCUGAUUUUCCAUGAUGGAAGAUUGGCUUUCAGGCCAACAUUUUACGCUACAUCUCUUAUGUUUCUUUGGCUUCCAUUUGGGAUUUUCCUCUGCAUUGUAAGAGCAUGUGCUGCCUUAUUCCUACCAUGCCGGAUUGCCCUCCCGAUUUUCGCAUUUUCGGGUAUACAAGGGAAAGUGAGCUACUCAUCUGCCAAUGAAAGAGCGAAAAAAUCUGGUGGAACAGUGUAUGUGUGCAACCACAGGACACUUCUUGAUCCGGUUUACGUUUCAAUGGCACUUAUGGAGCCUGUAACCGCGGUAACUUACAGCGUGAGCCGAGUUUCGGAGAUGAUAUCGCCGAUCAAGACGACAAGGCUAAAGAGGGAUAGGGAAAGUGAUUUGAAAAUGAUGAAGGAAAUGCUCAAGGAAAGUAAUAUUGUGGUGUGCCCUGAAGGGACAACUUGCAGGGAGCCAUAUUUGCUGAGGUUUAGCCCUUUGUUUGCUGAACUCACUGAUGAUAUUGUCCCUGUGGCACUUGACAUGCAAUUCAGCAUGUUUUAUGGAACCACCGCCAGUGGCCUAAAAUGCUUUGAUCCAUUGUUCUUCCUCUUGAACCCGCAUCCAACCUACACCAUCAAGUUUUUGGAUCCGUUGCCGGCGUCGAAAUCAUUUGGUGCUGGGGGCAAAUCAAGGUAUGAAGUUGCUAAUUUUGUACAAACGGAAAUAGGCAAGGCAUUGGGGUUUGAAUGCACUAGUUUAACAAGGAAAGAUAAGUACUUGAUGUUGGCUGGAAAUGAAGGGGUUGUGUGAUAUCCAGUUCGAACAUAAUAUCAAGCCUGAUUAUAUGUAGUAUAGGUUAAUUUAUAGAUGGAAAGUUGUAUAUUUUUUAUUACGGUUUUGAGUUUGAGGUUAAUCUAUAUAUACUUUUUUUAACCUAUGAGUUACUUGUAUAAAUGUAUUUGUGCGUCCUGAAUUUACAGUUCAACCUGAGUUAAAAUCAAUCCGAUGAAGAAAAUUUAUUUAUUUUAGGGGGGAAAGAGAACUAACAUUGUAGUAAGAUGUAAAAGCAUGCCAAGGAAAGCAUUUAUAAUGUCGGGUCAGGAUUUGGGUCCAUCAGAUCAAACACAUGAUGUCUAAUAUUCACAACAAUGAUAAAAUCUAUUAUUAGUAAAG